ACGUACAUACACACACACAGAAACAUGUACACACACACACACACGCACAGAGACACAUGUACACACACACAGGCACGUACAGACACGCAUACACACAGAUACAUGUACACACGUACGUACACACACACACCACCACCCUCCCAUCCCAUAAAAAGUUGCAGUACUUUGUUGUUCACUCACAGAUCCGGGUACUGCACUCUAGGGAGAGGCAGAGAGCACAGCAGACACUCCUUGCUUUGCUUUCACUGCGCUCAGCUAUUGAGCAGUCUGACGGCUCCCAGUGCCAAUGAAAAAUCCGGCCUGAGCUCCGAGUCUGCUCAGCAAGAUGGCCCUGGGGGACAUACUCGCCCCCACCAUAAUGUCCACUCUCCAUUGGCGAGCAGGCGAGUGGAGAUUUCAAUCCCUGGAUUAAAGGAUACUGUA